AUGGAUCGUCACCAUCACCACCACCACCACCAUCACCAUCACAUGAUGUCCGGCGGCCAAGACCCGGCGGCGGGGGACGCCGGCGCCACGCAGGACAGCUUCUUCCUCGGCCCGGCCGCGGCCGCCAUGUUCUCCGGUGCCGGGUCGUCGUCGUCGGGCGCCGGGACGUCGGCGGGAGGAGGAGGGCCUUCGCCGUCCAGCUCGUCGCCGUCGCUGAGCCGGUACGAGUCGCAGAAGCGGCGCGACUGGAACACGUUCGGGCAGUACCUGCGGAACCACCGGCCGCCGCUGUCCCUGUCCCGGUGCAGCGGCGCGCACGUGCUGGAGUUCCUCAAGUACAUGGACCAGUUCGGCAAGACGAAGGUGCACACGCCGGUGUGCCCCUUCUACGGCCACCCCAACCCGCCGGCGCCGUGCCCGUGCCCGCUGCGGCAGGCCUGGGGCUCCCUCGACGCGCUCAUCGGCCGCCUCCGCGCCGCCUACGAGGAGAACGGUGGCACGCCAGAGAUGAACCCCUUCGGCGCCCGCGCCGUCCGGCUCUACCUGCGCGAGGUGCGCGAGACGCAGGCGCGCGCCAGGGGCAUCAGCUACGAGAAGAAGAAGCGCAAGAAGCCGUCGUCGGCGUCCGGCUCCGGUGCCGGGCCGUCCUCCGAGGGGAGCCCGCCUCCAGGCGGCUCGGCCAGCGGCGGCGGUGACACGUCGGCGUCGCCGCAGUUCAUCAUCCCGUGAGUUACCCAUCGCCAUCCAUCCACAUCCAUUGAUCGAUCCGACGAGCUAGCCGCCGGCCACAAGAAUUCCAUCAUGCCUCACACUGCUGCAAGCACUGAUGAAGAAACAAACAAAGCAAGCAAAAGAAGAAAGAAAGAGAGGAGUCUUUUCACAAGAGGGGAGAAAAGAAGGCAGGCAGGCACCAAAAAUAUACAAAGGGUUCAAU